AGAUGCUUGACUGUUUGGACAGACGACUUUUUCUGUUGGUUGGGUAGACUUGAAAUAGUCGUGCGUGCUUUAUCGAUGUGCUGUAGCGGUAGAAAUACUAUCGACAGCACGGGGCAAUGCUGAACUCUGGGUCAUAAGUGUGUUCUUUGUUUCUGCAUAUCGCAAGUAUGAAGAAAGCAAAUGCCGAGUAACAGAAAGCACUUUCUAUAUGGUAAGGGAAGAAGACCUGCGCGUUUUUCGCAUCUUUGAGCUUCUUUUUAUGUCCGUGCUAUCUUUUUCUCCUUACUCACUGACAAUGAAGUCUUAUAUGCGCUCUGACUAUCAGCAGGCAGCACGCCAUCAUCUGAUAUUAUCAGGAUGGCUUCUAAAGACCCGGUGUGUCCAAGAUAGUUCGUCGUUGUUCCAAGUCACUGGAGUUGUUCAGUUCUUCUCUCCAGGUGAGGCGAACAUGUCAUUGAGCAGUUUCGCGUUGAAGGAAGGUAGAGGGAUUUCCUUUGCUGAAUCCUUUGAUAUAGAUGGACCCCAUGACAACAUGACAGACAGACAGGCGUAUAACCCGUCAGUGACCCAGAGAGUAUCAUUGCCGUGUUCGUACCGUACAUGCCAUUCUUCGAAAAGUAUGUACGUGAACUUCCCCAUAAGCAAUAUGUGAGAUGGUCGAGAAGGACACUUAGAUAUUGUCGGGACUGCAAGCGAUAGCUAUCCGUGUCGAUCUUAAGUUCCUAAGUAUUAACU